AUGGACAUGCCUCAGUGCACUUUUGUUUUAUUACCAUUUUAUACAAUUCAGGUCACCAUCCAGCCAGAAGACUCCAAAAUUUGUUCCUGCUUUACUAUGAAAUCUUACUGUGUAGUUUCAGCUAAAAAAAAUGUUUCUGCAGAAUUGCGCGUUAGAGUAGCGAAAUAUUACCAUCUAAAAUUUGAGUUGUGCAUGAAUCCCAUUGUGAUUGCCAAACUACCUGUGAACUGUGUUUUUAUUGAUAACUUUUUAAAAUGUGCUUUAAUCCAGUGUGCUGUCCUCAAGAUGAUGUUGAAGAUUGUGUUGCAAAAGUUACCAUCAAUUGAAAUAGCGCAGGCAUAUGUUUUACAUGUCAAUGCUGGGAAACUUUGGGGGACUUCUGAUUCACUGAUUCAGGUUUUACUAGCUACUGGGGGUGGCUAUUUAGUUUAUUUAGAAAUUGGUGAUGGAGCGCUGACAGAAGUAAAACAUGCCCAGUUGGAGUAUGACAUCUCAUGCCUAGACAUAAAUUCAAUUGGUAAUAAUCCAAAAUACAGUCAACUUGCAGCAGUUGGAAUGUGGACAGAUAUUAGUGUCAGGAUAUUUUCUCUCCCUGACUUGAAUCUGAUCACGAAGGAACAUUUGGGAGGGGAGAUAAUUCCUCGUUCUGUACUUCUGUGUUCCUUUGAAGGGAUAUCUUAUUUGCUAUGUGCUCUUGGAGAUGGUCAUCUUCUAAACUUUGUGUUGAAUGUGAUUACUGGCGAGCUAACGGAUAGGAAAAAAGUCUCCCUUGGUACCCAGCCUAUAACACUUCGUACUUUCUCAUCUAAGAAUGCCACACAUGUUUUUGCUGCAUCCGAUAGACCAACUGUCAUCUACAGUAGCAACAAAAAGUUACUUUACAGCAAUGUAAAUCUAAAAGAAGUUAGUCACAUGUGCCCGUUCAACUCAGCUGCUUUUCCAGAUAGCCUUGCGAUUGCAAAAGAAGGUGAGUUGACUAUUGGCACCAUUGAUGACAUUCAGAAGCUUCAUAUUCGCUCUAUCCCACUUGGGGAGCAGGCACGCCGUAUAUGCCAUCAGGAGCAGACUCGGACUUUCGCAAUCUGUAGUUUAAAGUAUAAUCAAUCAAGCAUAGAAGAUUAUGAAAUGCACUUUAUCCGCCUGUUAGAUGACCAAACUUUUGAGUUCAUAUCCACUUACCCACUUGACCAAUUUGAGUGGGGUUGCUCCAUUCUUAGCUGCUCCUUCUCUGAUGACAGUAACGUGUACUAUUGUGUAGGGACUGCAUACGUAAUGCCUGAGGAGAAUGAACCCACCAAGGGCAGAAUACUGGUUUUUACAGUAGAAGAUAGAAAACUUCAACUAAUUGCAGAGAAAGAAACUAAGGGAGCUGUUUACUCUCUCAAUGCCUUCAAUGGGAAACUGCUUGCUGCUAUUAAUCAGGAGAUUCAAUUGUAUAAAUGGAUGCUUCGUGAGGAUGGCUCUCGUGAAUUGCAAUCGGAAUGUGGACAUCAUGGACAUAUUCUUGCACUUUAUGUGCAAACUAGAGGAGAUUUUAUUAUUGUGGGUGAUCUGAUGAAAUCAAUUUCUCUGUUAAUUUACAAGCACGAGGAGGGUGCCAUUGAGGAGCGAGCUCGUGAUUACAACGCAAAUUGGAUGACGGCCAUCGAGAUUCUAGAUGAUGACAUUUAUCUCGGUGCUGAAAAUGGUUUCAAUCUCUUUACUGUUCGGAAAAAUAGUGAAGGUGCCACUGACGAGGAACGUGGACGUCUCGAGGUGGUUGGAGAAUACCACCUCGGCGAAUUUGUUAAUCGAUUCCGACAUGGUUCUCUUGUAAUGCGAUUACCAGAUUCUGAUGUUGGCCAGAUCCCAACCGUCAUUUUUGGCACUGUCAACGGUGUUAUCGGGGUUAUUGCUUCUCUUCCUUAUGAGCAGUAUGCUUUCAUGGAGAAACUGCAAACGAAUCUAAGAAGAGUGAUAAAGGGCGUGGGAGGACUAGGCCAUGAGCAGUGGAGGUCUUUCUACAGCGAGAAGAAAACUUCUGAUGCUAAGAACUUUUUGGACGGCGAUUUGAUUGAGUCAUUCCUGGAUCUUGGCCGGAAUCGGAUGGAGGAGAUUUCUAAGGCAAUGUGUGUUUCAGUGGAGGAAUUAAUGAAGAGAGUAGAAGAGCUGACUAGGUUACAUUAACUCUGCUUCAUGAGCCUUCUAGUUGCCCCGUCCUGGGAUUUUCUGUUUGCAUGGCAGGCUGAACGCGUUUCUUUUGUAUCUAAUAUCUAUAGCAUGUUUUCUAAAAACAUUUUCUUUUCGUUUUCCCUUUCCGAGGAUGUUUGUUAUAUUACCGUCUAUAAGACAAAUAUCUUAAAUUUUUGUAAACAAUUUAUGCUCCGUUAAGUUUUGCUUGUGUUUACCAGAAA